UUUUAGCCAUCAAGAUGGACACCACUCGUUUGCAGAGUUUUGUUUUGCUAAAACUGCCAGAGUCUUUCAAUGUCUUCUUGCAGGUGACCUUGCUCCUGCUCUUGUCCCUUCCUGAGCAUGCACCAUCUGACACCUCCGCGUGUGUGGGCUCCGCAUUUAUGGAGGGGGCUCUUCAAAGGGCCAGGGAGCUGACUGAUGCUGCCUAUGCUCACACAAGCGAAAGGAUGGCAAAGUCUCUGUCUGAUGGCGGUCUGAGACCGACUGAUAUGCUGGCUCACUUCAAACAGACAGCGAGCGGAACCAGAACUCAGAUUCGGGCUGCAGAGCUGCUCGACAACACGGUGGAGCUGAUCAGAGAAAUGGUCUACACUCACACCAUGACUCAGCCCAGCACUCACGAUCUGCUAAGUGAAGCAGAAGUCGAGACUCUACUGAAGGCCACUGGUUGUUUGGAUCAGCUGCAAAAACCCAACUGUCCUACUGGAUGUCUGUCUGAACGCUACAGGUCCAUUACUGCAGAAUGCAACAACAGACAGCAUCCCAGAUGGGGCUCUGCAAACAUUCCAUAUUCUCGCUGGCUACCUCCAGAGUAUGAAGACACGUGGGGGGCGCCAAAAGGCUGGGACCCACACCACACCUACCACAACUUCAGCCUGCCUCCAGUCCGUCUAGUGUCGCAGGAGGUUUUGUUCACUCACAACGACAACAUCUCACUGGACUCCACUCUGUCCCACCUGCUGGUCGAGUGGGGCCAGUGGAUAGACCACGACUUGGUGCUGACCCCACAGAGUGCUAGCACGGCGGCUUUCCGUACCGGAGAAGACUGCACUCGCACUUGUAGCCGAGAAACACCGUGCUUUCCCAUUCAGGUGUUUUAUCGUCAUUCUUUUUUAAACAGUUCUUGUAUUGAGAGAGCAAAUUAUCUUAACAUGAAGCUUCUACAGAUCCCACAGUCUGAUCCCAGACAUGGCACCCAGAGUUGCAUGCCUUUCUUCCGCUCUGCUCCAACCUGCGUGGAUAACGUUCUACUCCAUCAUCGGCGUGAGCAGCUCAACGCCAUCACCUCCUUUGUGGACGCCAGUAUGGUGUACGGCAGCUCCGACAGCCAGGCUGCGGCGCUGCGUGACCACUCCUCACCUCUCGGCUCCAUGGCCUGCAACUCGCAGCACUCGGAUGGGGAGUUGGCGUACAUGCCCUUCCUGCCACGCCAACAGGCUCACUUGGACCCUUGCGGUCCUCGAGAGCGGUCUAUGCCUCGACGCAACAACACAUUUUGCUUCCGAGCCGGUGAUUCUAGAGCCAAUGAGCACCUGGGCAUGGUUGUCCUGCACACACUCUUCCUACGUGAACACAACAGGCUGGUCAAAGAGCUUCACAGACUCAACCCCCACUGGAGUCCCAACACGCUCUACCAAGAAGCCCGAAAGAUAGUAGGAGCGAUCCAUCAGAUCUUAACAUGGGAGCACUACCUGCCACGAGUCCUCGGAGAGAAGGCCAUUUCAAUGCACAUGCCUCCCUUUGAGGGUUAUGACCCUAACGUAGAUCCCAGCAUCGCCAACGUCUUUGCCACUGCUGCUUUUCGCUUUGCUCACGUUACUGUGCAGCCAGUUGUGUCCAGACUGGGGCCAGGGUAUACCUCUAACUCCCAGCAUCCCUCACUUCCACUGCAUCAUUCUCUGUUCGCCUCGUGGAGGGUUGUCCAGGAGGGUGGUAUAGACCCUGUGCUACGUGGCCUCUUGUUGUCUCCUGCAAAGCUACAGACACCAGAUCAGAUGAUGGUGGAGGAGCUAACUGAGCAUCUAUUUCAAGCUCAAGGAGGGAUGUCUCUGGACCUUGGGGCCCUCAACCUUCAGAGAGGCCGGGACCACGGCCUACCAGGCUACAGUUCAUGGCGGAAGUUCUGCGAUCUCUCUGUUCCCAAUACAACAUCUGAGCUUGCAGAUAUUCUCGGCAACUCGGCUUUAGCACACAAGUUCCAGCAACUGUACGGGACUCCACACAACAUUGAUGUGUGGGUGGGGGCCAUCUCUGAACCUGCGCUACCCGGAGGCAGAGUGGGACCACUGUUGUCUUGUCUCCUGGCCAGACAGUUCGCCACCCUUAGAGAUGGAGACAGGUUUUGGUGGGAGAAGGAGGGAGUAUUCACCAGUUCACAGAGGACACACCUCCACGCCAUCUCUCUAUCUCGAAUCAUUUGUGACAACAGCCACAUCAGCAACGUGCCCAAAGACCCCUUCUCACGCACAGACAGCCCUGAUGCCAUGCAGGCCUGCUCCAGCCCUUUCAUCCCCCACCUCGACCUCAGCCCAUGGAAAGAACCACACUCAGAUCCAAAGUGUGGUCCUAUACCAAGAAUUCAGAGGGGCUACUCUUUACUGUGUGAAUCUGUAAUCAUCUACGAGUGUCAGUUUGGCUUCAAGCUGCAAGGUUCUCCAUCAAUCAGCUGUGACAGUCACAGUCUGCAGUGGAGCCCAUCACCUCCAACAUGCCAAGAUAUCAAUGAAUGUGAACAGCAGAUUCCUGUGUGUCCACAAAACACAGAGUGUCUGAACUUGCCAGGUUCCUUUUUUUGCUCAGAACUUUCUCCAACGUCUGAUGUGUCAGUUGUGACUGCGGCCAUAGUAGUGAUCUGUUGUGUUGCCGGCUUACUGAUCAUCAUCAGCUGUUUUCGAAGGUAUUUACCCAGCAAAGAAGAUAUAGUCUGUGCGGGAUGUUGUCAAGGGAAAAGCUAAACAACCAUUUUAAAAUAAUCUGUGAACUAAAUUAAGCUUUUAAUGGUAAUGGAAACUUGUAACAUGAAUGUUGAUUUCUAGUUCAACAUAAGUAUGAAAGGAAGAGGUCAUGUUUUGUUCUUUGUGCUGUAUAUUAUGUCACCAACCACACUGUACUCAAUUAUUAACAGAAACAAAUGACUUAUUGAGGUCAACUGCAAACUGUGUUAGAGGACUGAAUUUACAAAGCUAUUCUAAAGCCGGAAACCAAAGGCUUACUGGCGGGUCUACAAUCAUUUUCUUUUCAUACAGACCCUCUGAGAGGGAUGUGGCCUCAAGUGUUUAUUCAGUAUGCCUGAGUUGAAAUCCUUCUUACAAACCUGUGAAACCACUGUGGGUGUGUCUUUUGUUUUACAUUGCUAUACACAGGCCAGUCAGUGUUGACCUGAGGCUUAUGGGUCACUUUAAAAUAAAUACAAAUAACUUGUCACAGUGUUGACCUGAGGCUUACGGGUCACUUGAAAAUAAUUACAAAGAACUUUUAGAAAAUGUAUGGCAUAUCAGACUUUAAAUGGAAUGUUGUUGACAGUUACCGUCAGUACACUAGGUUUGGAGAUCUCAAAGUCCUAUAGAGGCCAAUAAAUGUUUAUUGCACUUUUGUACCGAUACAUUUCUUCAUGUUCAGUUUCAAAAUAGAGUUUUCUUGAGUUGACGGUUAAAAAUAAUAUGUAAAUUAACAAUUCAUACCAUAAGGUAAAAAAGCCAAUUCCAAUAGCAUAAUAUGGCCUUGGACUGCAUUCAUGCUCAGUUGUAAAUGGCUCAUACAGUACAGUACAUACAAAAUGUAGUGUUGAUUUGAGAAGUACAGAACGUGACUCCUCUGGUUUAUUAAAGCGUUUCCAAUACAUGUCAGUAGCACAGCACAGCUGUGGAGGACGGAACAUUUCAUCAAUUAAAUAGGGCGAGCCAACACGAGACUGCAGCUGCUGCUUCUUAACAAGGCAUCAAGAACAGGAAGUGCAAGCUUGCAAAAUUCCAGACAAUGCUGGGUCAUGGCACAUAUUUUCAUGGCUGAGUUUGUGUGUUGAUUGUACCUUCCGAGGUAAUAUUUACAAAGUAACUUGUAGUGUAAAGCUGGACUCAAUAUUGAUGUAAGUCUUUGAGCAUAAUAAAAACUACUUUUUCCUUCUAUUUUCUUCUUGUGAUGGGGCAUUUUUUCAACUGACCUCUCCAGCACUAAAGCUCUGAUUAAUGACCACAUUUUAAGCCUGAU